CCUAUGGGGCCUUACGUUUUGGGGAUGUUGUUCAUAUUAUCAAGCGGAUUGCGUCGGCCAAAUGGCGAUGUUUUUUGUUUUUUGUUUCUUGAAGUCAGGCAACGAGAAGCUAAAUAUUGAGACGUGGGACAUCACACCAACCCGUGUCCCAUGUAAGCAAUGUGUGUAAUAUAAUUAGUUUCAGCAGGAAUACACCACGGUUGCAAGUGUCGUCUUGACAUAGCUAAUAUGGGCGGGGAAGGAUUACCUUACUCCAGUCACGUACACACCGAAACUGUGAUGUUUUGAAGACACCGAAACCAAGCUCUGCUGAGUCACACCGAAACUUGGCCCCAUUCCAUGCUGACAGGGGUGUGAAACGUUAGCUUCGGGAUGAGUCAUAAGCUUUGUGUGCACUGAACAAAGUAGUCUAUUUGUGUGACUCCACCAGAUAUUUCAUAUUCAACUUCAAGGCCAGGCGUCAGAAUUGCGGUGGGAGAUUGAAAUUAAUCUGAUGAUAAGUCAACAGCCGCUGUAAUAAUGGCGUCAACAGAUUCGCGUACUCUAACGGGCUUCCUGGAGAAUCCUGACACGGAGGAGGGUGUACGUGUUGAGCAGAAAGAACUGGUAUAUAAGCAGAAACGGUCAGGGCCACAAGAAAGACACCAGAAAGUUCCCAUCAAAGUUGUCUACAUACGCCGUAAGAAGGACCGUGAAGAUGUCAGAGGCAAGAAGUUAACAACAGACGAUUUUUUCGUCGAGACGGACUACACUGAUGCUAAAAUGUGCUCACUGUUCCGAGAACACGACGUCGGCCAUUUUGUCGUCCUCCAUUUUGAUCUGAGUACACCGCCUCAUGUCGUGUCGGCAGUGUUGAGGUCAGGCUUCAAAGUAACGGUUGGGAAAGGGCAGAGGCGUCAUUAUGUGUUCUUCGGUCACAGCGCGAGUCAGCUCCGAGAGAGAACGUGCAUUCUGUACGAUCAAGGGGUCUUGGGUCCUUGGGAACGGUUGGUCAACGGGUUUGGCGAGUUUGAAGCUAUCAAAAACCCUUCCAAGCGAGCAGCACGAAUUGGUCUUUUGCUCUCGACGGCGACAAAGUGCCUCGAGCUUGACGAGAAGGAAAUAGAUCACACCAGUGACAUCGAGCGCGACGGGUUCACGUUCACCGACGGGUGCGGGUUCAUAUCUGUAGCCUGCGCCAGAAAAAUCAUGCAGGACAAAGACAUUUCUGAGCGUUACCGACACCAGGAUCCACCGGUCCCGUCUGUUAUCCAGUUCCGCAUGAAGGGAUGUAAGGGUGUCGUCAUGACCGAUCCGUCUCUCCCCAACGGCGUGUGCAUUCGCCCCUCACAAGAGAAGUUCAAGUGGAAGUUACCGCCGCCCCAUGUCUUCGGCGUGUGUGACGACGGCAUCUCGCAGCCUUACACGUUUGGUCAGCUCAACAAACAGUACAUCAUGAUGCUCUCCGCGCUCGGCAUCAAAGACGAGGUGUUCCUGUCAAAACAAGAGACGUAUUUCAAGGAACUCGAUCGCUUAGAGACUGACAAAGAAGUAGCAUUUCGCCACCUCUGUGCCCGGGGAUACAUAGGUCUCGCCGAACGCCUGUUCUCGCGAGAAGGCGGGCCAGACAACGAGACACUGGAGAUACUUCGGGGAUUCCGGAGUAGGGUACGACGUCCCCCGAAAGCCAACAAACUCCACAAACUCCUCAACACAAAACCUGAGCCAGCAAGAGCCUUGAAAAUACCCAUAGAAAAGUCCAGGAACGUGUUCGGCGUCUGUGAUCCUUCAGGCACGCUUGAGCCCGGACAGUGCUUCUUCCAAGCCACAGUCAGAGGGAAAAUGCAGGUCUUUGCGGACACGAAGGUGGCCGUGGUGAAGUGUCCGUGCUACCAUCCCGGGGACUUCCGCGUCUUGCAGUGUGUCAAUGUGGAGGAGUGCCGACAUCUUGUGGACUGCGUAGUGUUUCCUGUGCAAGGUGAGCGGCCACAUGCUGAUGAGAUAGCCGGAAGCGACCUUGACGGAGAUAAGUUCUUUGUGUGCUGGGAUCCUGAUCUGGUUCCGGAGUGUGAGGAAGCACCGCUUUCCUAUCCAGGCGGAGAGGCUGCCAAGAAAGAACGUGUUUCCAUUGGAGACCUGAUUUCCGUGUUUGCUAACUACAACAGCCGCACGGUCAGCCGACUCAACGAGCUCUUCAACAGAUGGGCUGACGUCAAAGGCGUGACGUCAUCCGAGUGUCGCAAAAUCGCGAAGCUGUUCUCUACAGCGGUCGAUACCGCAAAGACGGGGAAAGGCGUUGAUAUUCCACCUCGCUUGCUCAAGCCACCAGACGCACAGGAGAAAAGAUACGUGUGGCAGAAGAUGUUGGAACGCGCCAAUCUCUACCUCGCCGACAGUGUGGCUGCAGACAGCGACCUGACGGUUAGAGUCUUUGAAGAGGCCGACAUCACAGACCUACUGAACAACAAGGACAUCAACGUCAGCGAGUAUCAGCUCUUCCGCUUCCUGUACAAAUGGUGUGAGAGUAACGGCCGACUGCAGGACCUUCAGAGAUAUGUGGGCCAAAUUGAUUUCACACGCUUCACGCCUAGUCAGAAAGUCAGAGUGGCAGUCGAUUGCCCUGAACUGCCCAUGGAGUACGUCAGCAAUGCCUUCUACAGAUCAAAAAUCCUGACGGAGAACGACAUAGAGCGGAUGGACAUUAUGUCGCCAAAUCAGUGGUCACUAUUCUACCGGGAGUCCGAUGAAGACAUAUCUUGGCCGACCGUCCGAAGCGUCUUGACGUCGGAAACCCCGAAACUGCUUAUCUUCGAGUUCUGCUUGGCGGGAACAGUCCUGGUGAUGGGGCUGUGUCUUCCCGGGCCGCUCGUGAUGGAGGACGUCAUCACUACAGACCAGAGCUCGGGACGUCCCACGGUGGUCUUCUUCUCGGACCACUCUGGCGGAGGGAUGGAAAUGGUGGACCUUCAGGAUGGCCAUAGGAACGACGACUACCUGUUGGAGCUGGACUCGGAACACCUACAGAUCUACAACGUCAGACGUCCGAGGACAUUCGUUUGGUUACGGUGGAGCGAUGAAGCCGUCAGGAUGAGCGUCGCGCUGGACAGGUUUCCGGGAGAACGCAGAGACCGCUCCGUCAAGCUGCAGAAGGAAGAAGUCCAGUCAGUUGAAGUGUUUUAUCAAGUUACACGUAUGCAGUGUGGCCCGAGCAUCUACACCGAGCGGCGGCAGCGGGAAGGCCUCUCAGAAGAACCACCACAAGCCGCACCAGAAGGGACGGACGUGGCAGGCACGGCGUUCAAUCUCAAUAUAGGGAGUCCUCGAGAAUUUCCUGAGCUGGGGGUUGAACUAGACGAGGAUAUUUCAGAGGAGGCUGAACGACUGCGCAAGUUUGAGUCCAUGUGUGAAGCCAUCUGUGAAGACGGAGAAGCCGGGACGCUGUCAAGUGACUCCCUAAACCAGAUCAUUCAUCGCUUUGGACAACUACCUGAGGCAGCCUUGAGGCUGGAAUCUCUGAUGUGGAAGUAUCGUGACCAAGUCAACCACCGACCUGAAGCUGAGGAGAGAUACUUCCACCUGCUCAUCAACAUAGUGUUCAUGACGUCAUACAUGUGUGUGCAGCCGGCAGCCAGCACAGACACGGAGUCAACACUCAUGAGAAUUCGCAGAUUUUGCAAGACUCUCCAGAGAGACGGUGUCGUCUUUGGACUUGACAGGUUACGGCAACUGUUCAUUCAUCUUCAGUACGCAGGCGUCCACUGCGCCAACAGUCUACUGGACAUGAUCAGAGAUGGUGUACUCCCCAUCAACCCUGCUGACUUCGUCCCCGGGCACGUGGAUUACUACUUACACUGGAGCGCGCUCUGCACCAUGGAAGUCCGGGAGGAAGUCUGUAGCUCCCGGAGCAGGGCUCUUCGCGCGAGGGAAGACGAGAUCUCGGUCAUACGCGUGGAAGAGGAUGAUGGUCGCUACUUCAUUGCUGACUGGGAGAAGAACGAGCUACCGCUGUCCGUCGGCGACCAGCUGCAGAUAACGGCGCUCCCGAUGUCUCAGGCUUCACCCGAAGUUAUAGUGACUGAAGUUAAAAUCGACAGGACAGAAGUAGAGCUGAAAGUCCUGUGGAACAACGGUGAGGCACAGCAUCAGUGCAUCACUCCCGGUCAGUUCGCCGCCGUCCACAUCGGGAAUUGUAUUUCCCACAGGAGGGUGAUGGCGGCACUCGACUGCCUCUGCGUGAAAGCCGACUCGGACACCCCCAGUAACCUGAUGUGUGAACGCGUCAUCUCGUCUUUCGGAGGUAACGUUGAUGGGCUGGCUGCUACCUUUGAGCAGGGCGGCGACGAAGACCGAAUGAGAGACGACGGCAUCCAAAGUGACGCAGAAGCACCACCCAAGGCGCCUGGAACAACAGAUGCGACCUCUACCGGUCCUACAAAUGAUGAAGAUCUCCAUACUGAUGCUCCGUUGGAACAUCAACGGACAGAAGCAGCAUUUGGAGGUUCGGACUUUGAUGCAGCUACAGGCAUGCGACCGAAGAAGCGAUGGUUCACGAAGAGUAUGAUGAACAGCAGCCAGGAAAAAGCCGUCCAAGCGGCCUCCUCGUCUGAGAUCACGCUGAUCCAGGGACCCCCGGGAACAGGGAAGACGAAGGCCGCCGCAGAGGUCAUCAUCCGAUGGCAGGGGCAAAGUGACAACAAGAUCCUGGCUGUGGCAGAGACAAACGAAGGAGUUGACAACAUCAUACAGAAACUUCUCGACAGAAAUGUUCCACAAGAACAGAUACUGCGCGUAGGUCAGCCAGAGAAGGUGAGGUACGGCCUCAGGCACCUGACGCUCGACAAACGGUACGACGACAAGUACGGCUCGGGUGAGUCCAGGGGAGGAAGGAAGAAACCUCAGGGCAUAAAAGCGAUCCUGUCAAAAGCAAAUAUCAUCUGCACCACGUGUAUCGGCGCGGGAAGCCAGGUUCUGCAGCAGAUGACGUUCCGCCGUGUGCUCGUAGACGAGGCGGCCCAGGCCACGGAGCCGGCGGUGCUGUGUGCCCUGUCUCACGGCUGUCAGCAGGUCUGUCUCAUCGGAGACGACCAGCAACUCCCGCCACUCGUACAGAGCGAGGAUGCACAGGAGCUGAAAAUAUCUCUGUUCGAAAGAUGGAGAGGACAGAGGUUACAGGUUCACCUUCUGGACACGCAGUACAGAAUGCAUCCGGCCAUGUCAGCUUUCCCAUCACAACAUUUCUAUAAUGGUCAGAUUAAAGAUGGUGUGGAGGCAUCUGCCAGAAGGCCGCCCUCUGGAUUCGAUUGGCCUAACCAAAAUAUGCCAGUCUCGUUUGUCAACGUUUCUUCUCGCGAGACAUCCCGUGGAACAUCCAAGUUUAAUGAUGAAGAGGUCAAGAUCGUCAUCGCCAUGACUGAACAGUUGCUUGAGGGGGGUGACAUACGGGAGGAUGACAUCGGUAUCGUGUCGCCCUACAAGGCACAGAUAAAAAAGGUCACAGAGGGCUUGGACCAAAACAUCGCCGUCCGGUCUGUAGAUGGCUUCCAGGGACAAGAACGUGAUGUCAUCAUUUUCUCUGCUGUCCGGGCCAAUGAGGGAGGAUACGUUGGGUUCCUAAACGAUCCCCGUCGAAUGAACGUGUUACUGACGAGAGCCAAGCGGGGGCUGAUUGUGGUGGGUGAUGGAAAGACCCUGGAGAAGGGAAGUGAUGACUGGAACAAGUGGAUUCAGUGGAUUCGGGAGAAUAAGCUGGAGCAGUUAAGGGCCGAAGGGACUGGGACUGGGCGUGGCAGGCAAUCUGGCACCAACCGCACACGAGGCCGUGGACAGAGGGGGAGAGGGUACAGGGGACGGGGUGCAGGCAGGGCCAGGCGUGGCAGGGGGAAUGGCUGGCAUCAGUCACAAAGCUAGUCAGUUUGUGAAGAAUUACAUUGUAUCAAUACUAUCAUUGCAAGCAUUGUGUUACAUAGCAACUAGGCUUAAGGUUAAGAUAUUUCUCUUUAAAAUGAUUGUAAAAUUAUAACUACAACAAAGUAAUCCAGAUUGCAGUAAGGAUAGGAUAUCACAAAUGUAAUAAUUUAAGAGUCUUCCAUCUUUUAUUUCUAUUACAGAAACAACAAAGGCCAAUCUAACUGUGAGAAAAUCAGCCGUGACAUUCUGUUCUGGUAUUUACUCCUUAACUGGCAAUACUUUCUGGUAAUGUUGAAGUUAAACAAUAUGAUAAACACAUGAUUUGUCAAAUUCAAGAAAAUCUCUGGUCUGGUCAUCUGGGUGGAAUGUCUUCCAUAUUUCUUGCUGCAAUCUUAAACAAAUAGCUUUGAAUAUAAAAAUGCCUAAGAAAAAACUAAUUUGGUAAAUCGUGUUAACACAUACAUAGACAAGCACACAAAC